UGCCACUACUCAUGCCUCUAUAGGUAGGAAGCUUCACUCACAUACCUACAAAAUUGACCUGAAACAAUGCCAAUAACUUCCUCCAUUCUCUUCUACAUUGUUGCAUUUUCCUCCUUCAUGUUCAUAGAUGGAGCUCAACUGAUUAUAGUGAACAACUGUCUUGAAAGUGUGUGGCCAGGGAUACUUGGAAGUGCAGGGCAACCAACUCCACAAGACGGCGGAAUGCACCUCGGAAGUGGCGAAGAAGUAGUUCUCGACGUGCCGGAGAAGUGGUCGGGGAGGAUUUGGGGCAGGCAAGGCUGCACCUUCGACACAAACGGAAAAGGCCACUGCCUAACGGGUGACUGCAACGGCCAGCUACAUUGUAACGGCAACGGAGGAAUACCUCCGGCAACCGUGGUCGAAAUGACACUUGGCUCCUCAAAAUCGCCACUCCAUUUCUACGACGUGAGCUUGGUGGACGGAUUCAACUUGCCGGUGUCCAUGAAGCCGGUAGGAGGCGGGGCCGGAUGUGGCGUAGCUUCUUGUGAGGUUGAUUUGAAUGUUUGUUGUCCCUCAGCACUUGAAGUGAAGAGGAAUGGGAAAGUUGUUGGGUGUAAGAGUGCUUGUUUGGCUAUGCAAUCAGCUAAGUAUUGUUGCACUGGCAGUUACUCUGAUCCAAAAACUUGCAAGCCUACACUAUUUGCUCAUCUUUUUAAGGCUAUUUGUCCUAAGGCUUAUAGUUAUGCAUAUGAUGACUCUAGUAGCCUUAAUAGAUGCAGGGCUUCAAGGUAUGUUAUAACUUUCUGUCCUCCUGCAAUGCUGUAACCAUAUUUAUCAGAAUCGAUCUGGAUUAACGUAGCUGCCGGUUUGCUAAGAUCAUUGUCAGUUAUCACUGAUGAUGUUCUUUUCUAAAUUGAUAUUUUAGUAUUUUCUUUGGAUUAAAUUGGUGUAGUGAUGUUCUUUCUAUUAGUCAUUAGCAAAUGUUAUUUCUUGUGUAGAUAGUGUAGGAAGGUUAGAGUGAUAAUAAUUAGUUUCACCCUUUUUCUUCCGUGUCUUUUGGGAG